AUGUUCAAGGGUAACCACCCUUUGAAAGGCAACAACAACAUUGAUUCAAUCAAGGUCACAUUUAUUGACAAGAUAGUAGAAAACUUAAAUACCCGGUUUCCAAAGGAAGAAAGCAAUAUAGUCUAUGCUUUUGGGGUGCUGGGGCUUCGGCCAAUCUCCCUCUUAUCUCCAAGUGACUUAGAAGAGUGGGGAAAUAGCAAGUUGGAGACGCUUAUCAACCACUUUGGCAAGGAAAAGGAGCACAAGUAAGUUUAAAACUUGUUUUAGCGGAGAAAAACCAAAACUGAACUGGAAGCUCAGGAUAGCACUGGAGCACAGCUGUGAUCCAAUGUUAGCUUCAUGCAAUUGCUUGCAGUCUGGUUUUACUUUUACUUUUUCUUUCAACAAACAAUGACAUAGUAACAAGUGAAUAAUACUUAUUUUUGUUUUAAUAUUGUCUUUGCUCUUCAUUGGGUAUUUAGGCAUGCAGAUGCAGUUAGCAAAACUGCAGCUGUGAUUGAUCCAGACCAAACUGCAGAUGAGUGGGCAAAGAUCAAGCCACUUGUAGUCAAAGCUGGAUAUCCCAGGGACAGAAUGGUACCACUGUGGAACUUAGUUCAUAAGUAUCACAAAGAUGAAUUUCCAAAUUUAAUUACACUUGCAUCUCUGGCUUUAACAGCUCCUAUUCACACAGCAGAUUGCAAACGAGGGUUUAGUCUUCAGAAUAGCCUCAAGACAUCCGUCCGAAACAGACUUGGUUCAGAAAGAGUUGAUGACUUAAUGGUUGUCUCUGCUGAAGGAGAAGAUCUUGAUCAAUUCGACUUUAACGCGGCCUUGCAGCACUGGAGGAAGAAAAAGGACAGAAGAAUCUUUACUGGCUAA